AUGGACGAUUUACUGAAAAAGAAGCAGCGUCGUCUGAAGGCGAAUGGACGCGAGCGACAGCGUAUGCAUGGUCUGAACGACGCACUCGAUGUGCUCAGACAGUACGUGCCAAUUACGAUGCAGCAUCAGAAGCUCAGCAAGAUCGAAACACUUCGGCUAGCCAGGAACUACAUCUUGGUUCUUCAACGAAUGCUGCAAACUGGUCAUCAGCCCACGCCACUCGAGUACGCCCAUCAACUAUCAGUGGGACUCAGCCAAACAACAACAAAUUUGCUCGCCAAUCUACUACAGGUACGACGCUUGCUUAAACUCGUUUCGAAGUUUAUGAAAUCCGCAGCAACAGUAAAUGAGUAUGAUUCACUUCGUUUUAAUUAA